AUGCUUUUGAACAAUUCAUUAUUUUUAUCUACAUUUUCUCGUAAUUUAAGAAUAAAACAAAGUAGUAAAGUUCACCAAAUUUUUUUAAUUAAAAAUUUUAAACGACCUCAACUAAACACUAACAUAUAUCGUUUUGCUUCAAACGUUAACAAUAAUAAUGUUAAUAAGUUUUCAACAAACGAAGAAAAAUAUGAGGAAACUAAAUCAUCUUGGAUUGAUACUUAUCUUCCCUCAAAACUUGUUCCAUAUGCACUUUUAGCUCGUUUAGACAAACCUAUAGGAACGUGGCUUUUAUAUUUACCAUGCACAUGGAGUAUCACUAUGGCAACAUAUCAUGCUCAUUUGCCAGUUUCUCAAACAAUGUAUAUGCUGUCAUUAUUUGGUGUUGGAGCUUUUAUUAUGAGGGGAGCGGGAUGUACGAUAAACGAUAUGUGGGAUAGAAAAAUUGAUAGUAAAGUUGAACGAACAGCAAAUCGGCCUCUUGCUUCGGGAUCUAUAACUCCUUUCCAAGCAUUAAGUUUCUUAAGUUUACAAUUAUCGGCGGGAUUAGCUGUACUAACUCAAUUGAAUUGGUAUAGUAUUUUUCUUGGAGCAACUUCUCUGAGCAUAGUGACAAUAUAUCCAUUUAUGAAACGCGUGACAUUUUGGCCACAAUUGUACUUAGGGUUUGCUUUUAAUUGGGGAACCUUGUUGGGAUGGCCUGCAAUGAUUGGUAGUAGUGAGUGGUCUGUCACGCUUCCUUUAUACACAGCGGGCGUGUGCUGGACGUUAAUAUAUGAUACUAUAUAUGCUCAUCAGGACAAAAAAUUUGAUUCUAUAGUUGGUGUAAAAUCAACCGCUAUUCUUUUUGGAGAUAGGACACGAUGUUGGCUCACGUUUUUUUCAGGUUCGAUGUUAUCUUGUCUUGCUUUAGCUGGAUAUAUGAACGGAAACGACUGGCCAUAUUAUUUUAUCUCGGUGAUGGGUGCUGGAUCGCACCUCGCUUGGCAGCUUUGGACUGUCAACAUUGAUGACGCGGCUGAUUGUGGCAGAAAAUUUCGUAGUAAUAAAUGGACUGGAGCUAUAAUCCUUUCUGGGAUUGUGACUGAUAUCUUAUGGCAAAAUUUAAAUCCUGUAAAACAAAUAAUUCCAUAA